CAGAAACAAAAAAAGAAGCACUGCCCCAGCUACACGGCCAGCGUCGACGUUCGACGUUGCUUGUGCAUGACGCACUGGCCUCUGCUCGCGUCCGCCAGUCAGUCAAAUCAGUCAAAUCGGAUUUGCCCCAAAGCGUCCCAAGACCAGCAAGAGGACACGCCCUCCAAACCAAAAAUCCCAACCCCAUCACCUCGCAUCGUCCCGUCUCGACCUUCAUCUGCAAACCUUUUCCACCUUUGUGCACCCUGAGAAUCUCCUCCCCGUGGCGUCGGCGUUGCUCGCGACAACGUUGUCGUGGUCCACAGGGAGUGCUCAGCACGUCCGUCCAGUCGCUCGUUUCCCCCUUCGCCGAAGCUAAACCUCCCCAACUUUGCAAGCGGCCGUCUCAUACUUCACAAGCCUCUCAUCACGCGUCCACGCUCCUCGCCUUAACUCACGCCCUCUCUCCACGUCUUUCACUCACAAACAGUCAAGGUGGAGACGCUCAACGGGCGGGAUAAACCCCGCCGACGCUCGACCGUCUCAAGGCCGAGUCCAGGAAGCGUGAGCAUUCCAGAGACGGUGCCCGGGAGCCCUCCUCCGCACACUCAGCCCCUGAUGGGGCUCUUCGCUCGCCUACGCAAGAAUCUCAAUGUCUCCUCGCCCUCCUUGCCCAAGACGUACCCAACCUUCAACGAUGUCUCCCAACGCGCCCGCCAUUUCAGCAUUCGCGACCUUAUGCGGAGGAGGAUACGGAUAAGAAAGUUCAGCGUACCCUUGGUCGUUGUCCUCUUCUUCCCUUUGAUCGCCAUCGUGGUCAUACUGGUGCUGCUAUUAAGGCAUCCAGACAGCCCUGGGCGAGUGCUUAUGCCAGCUGGAGGACCCCCUUCGAUACGCAAAAUAAGCGAGAAGCACGACAAAGUCUUCGUCAGUGGCUGCCUGGAUCCCGAGAUGACAGCGGCUCAGACGCCUCGUGCAAACGCCGCAUUUGUCGUCCUUGCGCGAAACAAGGAGCUGGAAGGUAUUGUGCAGUCGAUCAAGUCCAUUGAACGGCACUUCAACAGGUGGUUUCAUUAUCCGUACGUCUUUCUCAAUGACGGCGAUUUCAACACCACCUUCAAGGAAGUCGUUACAAACUACACCAGCGCCCCCGUCGAAUUUGGCAAGAUCAGUCCGGACAUGUGGGGAUAUCCGGACUGGGUCGAUAAGGAGGUCGCGAGGGAGGGAAUCAGGAAACAAGGUGAUCAAGCGAUCAUGUACGGAGGCAUGGAGAGCUAUCACCACAUGUGCAGGUUCUACUCUGGAUUCUUCUACAAGCACCCGCUCUUGGACAAAUAUAAGUGGUACUGGCGACUGGAGCCUGAGAUAAAGUAUUUCUGCGACAUCACUUACGACCCAUUCAUCCACAUGGAACGUGCUAAUAAGACGUACGGGUUCACUAUCGCAGUCAAGGAACUCAAAGAGACGGUUCCCAACAUCUUUCGUUAUGCCUCGGCCUACAAACGCCUCAAUAACAUCACCUCAAAGGGUUUGUGGGAGAUGUUUGUCGAGAAGCCUAAGGAGGAAAAGAAGAAGGAGCUGCCCAAGAACGAUCCCAAUUAUAAGAAACCACUACCCGAAGAAAUUAUGAAAAUCGAACCUGGCAGCGGAGAGCUGCCUCGUAUCGACCCAGACGAGAUGGAAGGCGAAGCGUAUAACAUGUGCCAUUUUUGGUCCAACUUCGAGAUCGCAAGGCUGGAUUGGUUCAGGUCGAAAGAAUACGAGGACUUCUUCCAGAUGAUGGAUCGAAGCGGUGGAUUCUGGAUGGAGAGAUGGGGCGAUGCUCCCAUUCAUUCUCUGGCCGCAGGCGCACUCUUGAGCGUCAAAGACAUACACUACUUUCGUGACUUUGGCUACAGACACACCACGAUUCAGCACUGUCCGGCAAAUGCUCCUGCACGUCAGCUCCCACGCCCUAGCUUCCCCGAGCCGGCUUCGUGGGCACACUCACCUCUCGGCGGCAUUUACAGCAAUGAGAAAGGCAAAAAUAUGUGGGACGAGGAGAAGAAAUGGCGCGAGGAGGAAGAAUACUGGGACAACUACGAUAAAGAGCGCGAGAAUGGCGUAGGCUGUCGUUGCAGAUGUGACACGGACAUUGUAGAUGUCGAGGGCAAAGAAGGAAGUUGUCUCGUGGAAUGGGUGGAGGUUGCAGGUGGGUGGAGCAGUCCGUGACUAGAGGACCUGGUUGCUAUGGCUGGGAAGAUGUAAGCGGAGUCCAAGCCAACGCCAAGGGUUAAAGAAAAAGAAAACGUGGAUGGAGGAUAUGUAAGAACCGCACCGGCUUGUGGGGAGGUGCAUAUAAAGCUGCCAUACAACGGACACGACGUACAAACGAUACGUACGAACGGACAGCGGGAUGGAAGACGACGAGUGCACGUCACAUGCGAAUCAAUUUUGGGCACACAGAGAAGCACAUCUUUACGGGGUUCUUUUCCGGAUAUGCGUUUUCUGGGAUAAACACCCCGUUGGCAGUUGAAUGCGUUUGUAAGCGUGUUAAAGGCGUUCUUACCUGGAAGACAUCACAUGUAUGUAUGUGUAUAAUUUGGGCAACUGCAGUGUAUGUGUGUGUGUGGGGGGUGGGGGGCAAACCUUUGUUAUUCUGUAUGAUGAAUCUGCUUCGUCGUUCUUCUUUCGCCUUAUAGAGGUAAUAUAGAAGACAUGCACCAACAGUUCCCCAUCGUGCACAGAAUGCCUCGUUACACAGCAUAAGUCAGGUUAGAACGUUUGCAUCAAACCGAAGGCUAAAUCAUGGACGUAAUUUGAAAACAAUGUUCAAUUGGUUUCCCA